AAAAACUGGACCAGUUUCAAAUUUGAAAUCAGUUGUUGAAUUCAAUUUUCUAAAUUCAACCGAGCAAUUCUUCGAUUUGCAAAAAAGACCGUUUAAUCGGUAAAUCAAAAAAAAAAAAAUUGAAAAACAAAAUGCAAAGAAAAUCAAUGAACUCAUUUCAUAUAUUGUUGAUAUUCUGGAUCAUAAUGUUACAACCAAAUUAUUCAAGCCAUGCGAAUAUCAUAUCAAAUUGUCGUGAUUGUUAUGAAUUGAUAACUACCGAACAGCCAUCUGCAUUGUCAUCAGUAUCGAAUAUAAUACCGGAAACAAUUGUUGAACUGAAUGAAGAAAAUUUCCGAAUGAUCGUCAUGGAAUCAUCAAUGUCAUGGGCUAUUGUAUUUUAUUCAUCAUUCGAUCAUUAUAUUGUUGAUUCGUCAACUAUUUCAACAUACAUAAACAAUGAUAAAGAUCAACGAAGACAAACAAAACUUUCGAAUCAUGAAAAUAAUUCAUUUUGGACAACAAAAAUGGCCAUUGAAUUCAUACAUGCAUCGAACACGUUGAAAGGAUGGAUUGAAUUUGGUGCCAUCGAUUGUGAUCAAAAUCCACAAUUACAACGAUUAUUUGCUAUUGAAUCUUGUCCAACUAUUUUACAUUUUCAUGAUGGUCAACAACAACAACAACAACAACAACAACAAUGGCAACAAAAUCAACUGAACCGGGAACAGCUUCCAUCAUUAUCAAUGCCAUUCAUUCAUUCAGAUUAUACAAUAUUUAAUCGGGUAAAAAAGUUAAAAAUAAAACAAUACAAUUAAUUCAUCACUA